GUGGGUGUUUACCUGUAGUAAACUGUGACCCACCUCCUGCUAUUUCCUCUCCACCUGCCUUACCACUGAAGAAAAAUAGUCAAAAAAAGAAAGCAGGUAAAACAGCAUCUACUGAGACGGAAACAGAGGUGGUUUCACAGCGCAGUGCUAAUACCACAGAUAAUACUGAUAUUGUAUCUAAAAUGGGAUCUGAACUUGAAGAUAUAUUAAAAUAA